AUGCGAAAAGCUUCCCAUAUCUUCAAGCUACCUUAUGUGAAGUCGGAAGGAUACCACAUGUUGCACCUCUCUCUCGUCGGAGCAAACGCGAUUCGUGACACAACCAUCGCUGGUUACCCCAUUCCAAAAGGAACAUUUGUUGGCCCGAAUCUUCCGAAUGUGCAUGAGGAUGAACGAGAAUGGCCAGAAUCAGAUAAAUUUAAACCUAAAAGAUUUCUGGAUGAGGAUGGCAAGUUCGUCGGCUGGAAUAAACUGCAUGGAUUCAUGCCGUUUAACGUUGGUCGUAGAGAAUGCCCUGGUCAAACAUUGGCGGGGAUAAUGAUGUUUUCUUUUUCUUCAAUGUUAUUACAUUAUUACAAAUUUGAAUUGCCUGAAGGAGCAGAGACGCCAAUUACUAAAGUGUCCCGCAAAUCUUCUCU